AAUUAACUCAAUAAAUCCUUUUAAAUAAAGGUAAAAUUAAUUUUUAAUAAUGUUAACGAUAUGCCUUUACGUUCUGUGAACUACAUGCUAUCUGUUUGCGUCCACAACAUUCUAAGAUUAAGUUGCAGGUGCAGGCACAGAAGUCAUUACGACGUUUUAAAAUUAAGAAAAAAUUGUUCUACUAGAGAAAUAAAAGCUUCAUUUAUAGAACUAUCUAAAAAGUUUCAUCCUGAUGUCAAUAGUGGUAAAAGAAGCCACAUAGAUUUUCUGCAAAUAUCUGAAGCUUAUAAGAUAUUAAGUCGUCCUGUUACCCGAAGAAAAUAUGAUGCUGAACUGGCAAUUAAGCUUCGAGAAACAACAUGGCCUAGAAGAGAUAUGGACCCUGAGACUUGGUCAGAUUCCACAAUAUGGAAUUCAAAAAAUAAAACAAGCCAAAAACCUAAACCUUAUUAUGGAAUUCCGGGGGUAAAAAGGUUGCCUAAUGCCUGGAUUGUUGCCAUGUGCUUAACUACUGCUGGUAUAGCAUUGGCAGCAGAAGUUUUUCUGAUCAGCACCGCAAGUAGACAUACGCGUCAAAAAAUUACAAUGCAGUCAAUGGCCAAUGAAGAAACAUUGGCUACAGUACAAGCGGAGGCUAGAAGAUUUGGCAAUGAAAUACAGUUGGAAAGACUAAUCGCUCGUGCUAAGCUUAGCUCUACAAUUCUUCCCAUUUUGGAUUUUCCGGGACAAGCAGAAAAACUUGUAAAUUCACCGGGAAUUUUAAAUGUAGAAGCAAAACAUCCAACUCUUGAACCCGUAGAUACACCACCUCCAGAAAAUACGUCUGCAGUUAACGUCAUUGUUCCACAAACGGAAACUGAUUUAAAUAUUCAAAAAUCAUAAAAGCGGUCAUAGUUUUAUUAAUGAGUUGUAAAUAAUUGUACAUACUUAGUUCUAGUUUUAGAUUAUUUGUAUGUGUUUUGA